CGAUACGCUCGUGUCGUCUCGACGCCACGGUGGCCAUCUCAGAUCUGAACGCGUGACCCUCCCCCUCCAUUGCUUGCAGUCCCAGAGUCCCUCGCUCCGGUCUACUCCGACGGCCGCUUCCCCCUCUUUAAACCCACAAAUCCACAGCCUCAGUACAGCCCUGUUCGUCCGCAAGCGACCGACCUUGCCAUGGCCUCCCCGCUCUUCCUGCUCCUCCUCCUCCUGGUGCCGCCCGUCGGCCUCCUCGCGGCGCUCGCCUUCCUGGUGCGGCCCCGGGCCGCGCGGAUCCCGAUCAAGGGCCGCCACGUCUUCAUCACCGGCGGGUCCAGCGGCAUCGGGCUCGCCAUGGCCACGGCCGCCGCGCGGGAGGGGGCCAAGGUCUCCAUCCUCGCGCGCAACGCCGCCCGCCUCGAGGACGCGCGCGCCGCCAUCAGGGCCGCCACGGGGCACGACGUCGGGGUCCACCAGGCCGACGUGCGGGACGCCGGCGCCGUGGCGCGCGCGCUCGAGGAGGCCGGCCCUGUCGACGUGCUCGUCUGCAACCACGGGGUGUUCGUGGCGCAGGAGCUGGAGAAGCAGGACAUGGAGGAGGUCAAGUGGAUGGUGGACAUCAACCUCAUGGGCACCUUCCACCUCAUCAAGGCUGCGCUCCCUGCCAUGAAGGCACGCACCCGCGAGACGCGCCUCCCGGCAUCCAUAGCCAUCAUGUCGUCGCAAGCUGGCCAGGUUGGUGUUUAUGGGUACACUGCCUACUCUGCGAGCAAGUUUGCGCUAACUGGACUCGCGGAAUCGCUUCAGCAUGAGGUCAUUUCAGACAAUAUUCAUGUCUCGUUAAUCUUCCCUCCUGACACGGAGACGCCAGGUUUUGCUGAGGAGCUAAAAAAGAGGCCAGAGAUUACCACUAUCAUAGCAGGAUCAUCUGGUGGAAUGAAGGCUGAUGCUGUUUCUAAAAAGGCUUUAAACGGCAUCAAAUCGGGAAGGUUUAUUGUCCCCUGCAAUUUUGAGGGAGCAAUGUUGGCUGUGGCCACUUCUGGUCUAACCCCCCAGAGUUCCCCGCUAAUGGCAUUCGUGGAGGUGAUCGGUGCUGGACUUAUGCGGUUUGCUGCACUUUGUUUCCAGUGGAAUUGGUUCUCUACCAUUGAGAGCUGGUAUGCCAAUAAGCAUGCCUGAAAACCUAAUACCAAUCCUGGGAUCCCCAGAUUUUCAUAGGAGUUACAAAUUACACCCAAUGAAUUUACCGUGUUAGUUGCCCUUGAACUGAAUGUAGCAUGGUGUAUAUCCCUGUUCCACUUUGGGAUACAGUGUAGAUUUCUCCCCCUCAUAAGCUGGGUUAUUGUUUGACCUAUUAGAACACAGUAUUGUCAAUCCUACACAGCAUAUCGCACUAGACAGGAAGUUAAAAAUUCUCUUCUAGUUAGGUAUUUUUUUGUUUGAUUCUUGUAUUAUUACGGUGGGGGAACAAAGAUACUACCAGUGCUGAUUUUUUUCAGUUCCAUUUCUGUAUUGAGAAAAUA